GAAUAGUUAUCUAUUUGUGCUGUUUCCGGACGAACGUGGCAUCUGCCAAAUGCCAUUCGUGUUGUCCUUGGAAAAUGGGAAACUUACUGCAGCUAUGAGUAAAAACAAUAAAAUGUGUAGUGGAAAUUUAAUUUACUAUCAAUUUUUUUAUAAUGUAAAAAUUGUACUGCUUGGGAAGUAUCUCAGUUCGAAAGCUUAGAAGUUGAUAGUUACUACGACAUGCGUUUAGCAAAUCUUAUAAUCUACAAUAAGUUGAAUUAAAUUAUUUUUGUAGUAAAAGUAAUAAUGAGAAGAGGCAUAGAGGAAGUAACAUAUGAGGAUUUGGAAAGUACAGAUGUUAUAAGUGUUGAAUUAGUUCCAGAGAGGAAAGGUUUAAUAUUAAAACAUUGUGAAUACUAUGUGAGUUCAAGGCGGCAUGGCACAACUGUUACAAGGAGAUAUAAUGAAUUUGCACAACUUUAUGACGUGCUUAAUGCUAAAUAUCCAUACAGAGCAGUAUGUUGUUUACCGCCGAAAAGGGUAGUGGUUGGUGGGGGAAGUCCGCUAUUUCUACAACGGCGUCGUGCAGCGCUGCAGCGCUGGCUGAGUAUAGUGGCGCGGCACCCGGUGUUGGCUCAUGACGCGGAUGUUAGAACUUUCCUCUGCGAGAUAUCCAGUAAACUUGAUAAACCCAAACACGAUGAGUUCGUAUUGGCCGGUUCACAAGAAGAUAGUGCGAAUGGGAUGUCUACAGAUGAAAUGCAGGAUGUGUUUUCUAUGGAACAAGAACAGCUGCGUUUGGUACACCUGGGUUUAGGACGACUUUUUAAGAUUUUCGAAAAAGUCGAGAGCCGUUGUGAAACCGAGCUCGCGGAUAUCCGGGAGCUCGGGGCGGCGCUCAGCGCGCUCUCAACACCAGCCAGCAUCGACACCGAGCGAUGGACGCAUAUGAGGGACUCGCUGAAAGCCGCCGCUGAGUUGGCUACGGAGAUGGUUGAAGCUGAUAUGGAUGAGGACGAGGCUAUGGAGCGUAUGUUGGUAUCCCUGGACUGCCUGUCCGCGUACCGGUCACUCUGCUCGCGGCUGUCCCGCGGGCUGCACGCCGAGCGCGCUGCUGCAGCCGCCAGCGCUGUCCACUCUCCAGCCUCCAGCUUACUGAGAGCCAGACAUCGGUAUGCGCUGAAGUGCGCGUUGGAGGAAGCUCGUAUAUGUCGAGCGUACGCUCUGUCAGCGCUGGAGUUAUUACCAGAGCUGUUGAAGUCUCAGGGCGCGGCACAUGCGCGAGUUUCCAAGCUAUGGUCUGAGUUACACGACGCACUGAGGCAGACACACGGAAACACGCGACCUUAAGCAUAUAGUUUUUGGGGGAAGGGUGGGGGGUGGGAAGUACUUGUCUGACGUAACAUAUCGAUAGAUAGAUGUAUUCGCUCGUUUCGUUUUAGCUGUGAAAUAGAGCACCAACAGUGACGUCAUCGGAACAGUGAGUAAUAAAAUGCAAAUCUCGCCUCUAUAAAGCUAUGACGACUGAAUUUACCGAGUGAAGCGAACGAAGCUAGCGAAACGAGCGCUAUACUGGCGACUCAGGCCUUUCAUCCUCGGAUAUGAUCUAGGAAACAGAAUCUCCGAUCGAUUCGAGGUCUUUUUGCUCGACAGCCCAGUUCUUUGAUGGAUCAUUAAAUAUUAUUUUAAGAACCGGAAAACAGAACUCAUGCCCAAAAACAACGGUUCGGUGCCGAAACGCCGAGGUCGCUACACUCGACUCGCAUCUAGUAUUCAAUAAUUUAAACAUCAUUAUCUUUUUCUUCUCCAAAUAUUUACCAUGAAAUCUCGUUUAAGAUACAUCUACAUAUUAAUAGCAAUUAAUGAGUAAGCAACGGUAUGGGUUUAUGUGUUUUAGUUGUAAAGAAAAUAUAUUAUUACUGUUUCUGUAAUGGAUAUAACAUAUAUAUGUAUAUAAAGAUGAACUUUGAUAGGACGUCCGUGAGAGCAGGACACAUAGGACGAGUUUUGUGUCGUACACUUAUACUUAUAGUGUCGACGUUUUCUAUAUACAGCAUCUUUAACUCGAGUUUGCAGUAUCACAUUACAUGUUUAGCGUGUGAAUAUCAACGUCAGUUUAAGAAUAAAAAAACUGCAAACGCUCCGUAUUAAGUGUGAUGCAAACCUGUUGUAAGGUACAGAUAGCAGCUCCUUGGAAUUUCCGAUGCUUUAACACAAAGAAGCUGUACGUUACAUCAUGCAGAAUUCUUUGCAUCCUUACCCUUAAUAUGGGCAGUUUCAGCAAUUUCAUAAAUUUUCCGUAAUUUUUAAAAGAGAAAGGUCCAUCAAUGAAAAAACUCAAAACCGUCCGUGUUGACGUUACAACGACUCCAUACUUAUAGUUACUUUUAUUACUAAAAGUUUAAUAAAGAAACUGCGUUCUUUUGAAAUUUCGUAAGACACUGCACGACUAUCAACACAACCGUUCGUAAGUAGAAAUGAAGCCGUUAGUAUUUAGCGCAUUAUCUCUAACAGUUUAGGGUAAACAAAAUACCAUACUGCAAUUGAAGUAGUACAAAAAAUUGGUAGCUAGAUCUGAAUCUGUUAAGUACUCCUUUCCAAACUUUUCGACAAUACAUUGUUCCUAACUUUAUAACGUCUUAUAUAUCGAUGGACGCUUGCUGCGCGGAAAACCAUGACUCGUUUCUGAACCGAGUGGUAGACAAAUGUGCACGUUUUGUCUAAGUUGUUUAUAUAAAAAAAAACAAUAAUUUCGUCAUAAAAGUUCAAUUCAAUUUUUACAAUGCAAAAUUUCAUUAGUAUUUUAUAGUGACGUUGACAUGAAAUUAUUGCAAUUUUUUUUUAAAUGUAUCGGUUUUUGACAAUCAAGAAAAGCCAUACCUACACAGAUUAAACAAAAAUAAUUGCAAUUUAUCAUUAAAUGAUUAAUGAGCGUAAAAUAAGAAAUACAUCAAUUUGGAAAUAACGGUAAAAUUUUUUGAACAGAUUUCGAUAUUUCUCUAAUGUUUUAUUUACAUACUAAAAUAUUGCAAAUAUUACCAUGUACUUAAUACGCACAACAAAACAUUCCUGGGAAUUCACAGGUCAAAGGUCAUUGUUUUAAUGUCUUACGUCGUUUUGAUAACAGCUAUUAUUAUAUUAUUUUAAGGAAAUCUGUUUACUAGAUAUAUAAUAACAAAAACAUUCCAUAAAUUACUGAUAAAUCUCCCAUAUACUAAUCCUAUAUACUCUAUACUCGAAUUGUUAACAUGUAGCUCAAUUAUUAUUAAAACUAUAAUUAAUGUUAUUAUAAUCAAAAUAUUAUUAAUAUAUAAUAAUAUAAUUUUUUUCCAUAAAUAGAUCUGAUAAUUCAGUAUCCUUACCACUAGUUGUCAAUAUAGUAAAGAUAGACAGUUUGAAGUAUUUUAUAUGUAUAUAUUAAUAGUAUGAUGUGAUUACAGUAUACAUCUCCUAUGUUAACAUUCAAUUAAAUUUGUGUUGUUUUAGAUCUACCAACAUAUGUAGUUCCUAAUUGUGACUUCGGUCGAGACUGUUGAAUUUUAUUUCAUUCGAAAGUUAAUCCAUUCUUCACGACACUGGCUGAAUACCGUGCACGUCUUUGCACGGAUGAAGGUCAUAUUAUAUACAGAUAAAAAAAAGUAUGAUGUGAAAAAAAUAUGAAUAGAAAAAUAAAAACUGUGUAUUUAAUUUUUCUCUCUAAGCUCUUGGUAUGGAUACAGAUCGGUAGCUUCUCUCAUAUUGAUUAUUUGUCUUUGCAGCCAUAGAAAAUAUACUAACGAAAGCAUAUACAAUAUUCUAUUAAUACAUUAUACAAAUACAGGUAAUAAUGGUUGAAGCCAAAAUAUGACUAUACUGUGAUAUAUAUUUAAGUUGCAAUAUGAAAAUGCAAUUAAUUUGUAUUAAUUAUUAUAUAAUGUUUAACUCAAUAAAUGAUAUAUUAUUCA